CACAAAGCAACAGACACAAGCAAUGCAGUUCAAAUUUCUCAACUCGCCACAAUGGCCGCAAUUCGACUUCCACAACUGCUCCAAUUAUUACAUUUCCUGCUUAUCUCGUGGCCCAGUUGCUCGGCAAUUAUCUGCUACCAUUGCGACUCCAUAGCCCUCGAAGACUGCGCCAUGACCCUAGGGGAGGUGGGAGUGCUCCCCUACGUCGACUGUACCAGCGAACUGACGUGUGCCAUGUCCAUUGUCGAUUCGAUUACGUAUCGCGGCUGUGGCGGCGACACGCCCACAACAGGCGCCACCUACAAGAAAAUCUGCUCCUCGAAUCUUUGCAAUGCCGGGGUUUAUCCGCCGGGUCGCCUCAAAUGCCAUCACUGCGCCGGCGACAGUUGCGUGGCGGAACCUGCAGGUAAGCCCCAUCCCUGCCGCCAUCACCACGAGGAGGACGAGUGCUACACGGAGGUGCUGAGCUCGCAGGAGGCCUACCGCGGCUGUCGCUCUGACACGAACCACACCAUUGCUGGGGCGACGGAGUACUGCGACAUUAAUGGCUGCAACGACCUAAAAGCCGCGAGCAGUCUGCGCUGCGCCCGUUGCGACUCCCAGGAAGGACGCGGCUGUAAAAUGGAUUUGUUUCACAUCAACGGCGGCAAAUGCAAUAUAUCGCUAUACGAUCAGUGUGAAAUGGAGGUUCUGCUGGCUGGGGAGGGCCAAUCUUGCUUCACUUAUCGUCGACUGAAUCGUGUGGUGCGAGGCUGUACGACGGAGCUGCCUGCGGAUAUAGACUUGGAUGGCUCACAAAUUGUGGAAUGCGACUCGGAUAAUUGCAAUUUGGGAUGCACGGCACAGCAGCGUUGCCUAACCUGCGACUCUGCCUCGAACGAGCUCUGCCUCAGCAAUGCCACUGCAGUGGCCAGCAGCGUUUGUGGCUCGGCAGAGAGCUCCUCCUGCUUUGCCUGCGAGUAUGCGGAUUGGAGCGUGCGUCGUGGCUGUGGCGCCCCGCCCAGCGACGCACCACGCUGCUACCAAUGCGAUGAGGGCGAUGGCUGCAAUGCACAGCCCCUGACCCGCUGCUAUGAAUGCAGCAGCCUGGACGAGGCGGGCGCCAGUUGCGCCAACUGGGAACGACCUGUCGGUAUUUUCAUCGAGGAGUGCCAAAUGCCAGCAGCGCCUUGUCUUAUGGCCAGCUACGAGAACGGCACUACUCUGCGUGGCUGUCAGCGUUCAGAUUUCAAUUGCAGCAUGAACGGCUUACUCAGUUGUCGCAGCUGUGAGGGAAGCUUCUGCAACAAGGGCGCCUUUCCAGAGAAGCGCCUUUGGUGUCAUCAAUGCGUGGGCGGCGCGGAUUGUGCCGUCAUUAGCGGCGAUCCCAGGCCGUGUGAUGUGCCUGCAAAUGAACCAUUGGAAACAACUAUGGCCUGCUUGGAGUACUACGAUGGCGACAGAGACCAGCCGGUGCGCGGCUGUCGCACUAAUUCUCAGCUGUAUUACGAAUGUUUGUUCCGAAGCGACAAAAGCACAGGUUGUAAAUUGUGCCGCACAAAUGGCUGCAAUGACAGUCCACUGAUGCUGCAGCAGACUAGCAAGAAGUUGCAGGAGCAGGCAAUGGAUUUUCUAGGAUUCGUUUCUGGGCGUUCAACAGCCAACAAACUUGCAACAUUCCCACACUUUUGUUACUAUAUUUGUUUAAUUUACCAUAUAAUUUCUAUAUGAAAUAUAAAUGGCAACUAA